UAGCUCACAGAAAUACCCCCUUUGAAAAUUAAGUCUGAAAUCCUGCUUGAAUAUUGGUUAGGGAAGAAAAAUAAAGUGUGGGUAGGAACAGAAUCGCAAACAUAUGACACUGAUCAAUUGGAAGAAUAGAAAACUCUACUUACAAAUUGACGCAAAUUUUCAACUUUGACUUUAUUUAGGAUAAUUCUGCAUCAACAGUUCCCCAUGUCCUCCACAGCCAACGGAGAUGAUAAGCCUUCAAACUUUCCCUCCGUGGUGGAACUAAAUGUUGGAGGUGUGUUUUACACAACAUCAUUAAAAACUCUGACUUCUGACGCCGAUUCACUCUUGGGUCAGUUGUUUACUAACAAAGGGAGUAAACCUGUGCCACGUGACUCGAAAGGGAAGUACUUUAUUGACAGGGAUGGAGUAUUAUUUCGGUACGUUCUGGAUUUCCUGCGGAACCAGAAAUUAUUGUUACCAGAGAACUUUCACGAACGAGACCGGCUACGACGAGAGGCCGAAUAUUUCAUUCUUCCGGCUAUGGUGGAGUGCAUUCCCACUCUCUCAACUAUGCAAGUAUCUUCUAAGGCUGUCGAGAUGAAUAAGCAAACCUACGGACCACGCGGCUAUAUCACAGUUGCCUACCGAGGAACAUUCGCUUUUGGUAGAGAUGGGCUAGCAGAUGUCAAGUUCCGUAAACUGACAAGACUUCUGGUAUGUGGUAAAGUCGGAAUAUGCCGGGAGGUAUUCGGUGACACCCUCAACGAAAGCCGAGACCCUGACAGAUGUAAUGAUGAUCGAUACACAGCACGAUUUUUUCUGAAACACAACUUUUUGGAACAGGCUUUUGACUGCCUCCAAGAGGCUGGAUUCCAUUGUGUGGGGGCGGCUGGAUCAGGGACAUCCUGCAGUGGAAUCUCCAACGAACCACCAAAACCUGGCCAAGACUCUGAAGAAAACCGCUGGAAUCAUUUUAACGAAUUUGUGUUUUGUCGUCCCUAACUGUAUACACUUUUAUAACAUCCACUGCACACCUUCAAGUUAUUCAUUCCCAAGUUAUGUGUGUAUAUGUGGUAUGUUGUAUUUUGUUUCACCAAAACUUCCGCUUCUUAUGAAAGAUGUAGUUAUAUCCAUAUUUUGAUGUAAGGCUGAGAGUGAAAACGAAAGAAGAGUAACACAUUUUGGUAUGAAGAGGACCCCUUAGAACUCUGUUGUUUAGUAGUGAAGAUGCGUGAUUUGUGUAUGGUAACAUAUAUCUUUCUUUCUCUCUGUAUAUAUAUAUAUACAUACAUAGUGACUGUAUAGUAUCGUUGGUUAAAAAGAUCUCUGUACUGCUUACAUGAAUUCUACCUACUUUGUGUAAUAAUUUACAAAUACUUGGCAACAUUUGAUCAUAUUGUAUACACUUGAGAAUAUUUUAUUUUAUAGAAUUACUGAAAAAGUUACUGUUUCUAUAAAUUCAUCACGCUGGAUAAAUCUAAGUUGUUCACUCUUAGAAGAGUAUUCUAUUUAAUAAAUAAUAGUUAUUUCUAGAAAGUUGAAAUAGAAGCGAUCAAAGUUGGCAACUGUUAAAAAGGAAACAGUUACGACAACGUUACUAAAAUUGUCAUAAUUAAAUACACGUUGUCGUUUUUCUUUUGAGGAACUAUUGUUUAGCGAACAUCUAUGUACUUUUUUCUUACUAAUGAGGGUAGCAUUUCUCUUUCUAUUCGUUUGUUUUAGAGCAAAGUCACACUAGAACAUCUGUUUUGUCUACCGAGGGAAUCGAACCCCGGAAUUUAUCUUUGUAAGUUCGAGAAUUUAUCACUUUCCCAGCGGGGGACUUCUUUUUCUGGUCCUAUAGAACCCAUUAGAGAUCCUUUAUAAGGCAGAGAAAUAAACUGAAAAUCAAAUAACUCUUAGCGGGUAUUUUAAUGAUUUUUUUAAAGCGGUUUGAAAGAACCCGUACGCUAUAAUUGCUCUGCUGUACUUUAUGUAAAAAACCCUACUAGGGAAAUAUCACAUACCGAACCAUGAAUAUAAGGAGUUUUACUAACUUAACAGCAAGAAGCUCUAUGCCAACAUGUUUAAUUUAAAAGUGGCAAUGCCAUUGUAAUACCUCAUUAGUGACACCAGAAUGUUCUUUUGUUUACAAUUUAUUACAUGUUUGACACUUAUAAUUUUUGAAAGAAAUUAAAUGUUCACAAUUCUAUGUGUGCAUAUGUAUAGUAAGUUUACGUCAAUGCAAUCAUUUUAAAGCUGACUUUAACUAAUAACUUUCACUUUUAUUUAAAUCUCCUUGUGCGACAAAAAUAUUCUUCCUUACUGUAAAAGCUGUAACUUGUAAUGAAAUAAUAAAUUUAAAUAAUGAUUUAAGAAGUAAAGAUUUAUAAAUUGUAAAUCUCGUAAUGUGUUUAACUUGCUGUAUUUGAAGUUUUUCGCUAAUUCCCAUGUAAAUAAUUUAGUGUUUUCGGAAUAUCUUUUCUUGCGUAUAUUAACUCCUAUAUUAAUUAUGAAUAAAUAAUUACAAGAAAGUGAGGUAUCCUUGAUCUUGCAAUGGCAUUAAUGACCAAGUUCCAUUAAAUUGGUAGUAAAAUACUAUAAUUGUAGAAGAGGGGAAAACAGCAUGACAGAAAAUGCGGUUGUUUAGAAGUUUUAUCUUCUUCUGCUUGAAUGUAACUCCGCUGUAACGGUGAAUGUGUAACACACUUUUAGCUUAGAUUUCACAUCCUUCCCUUAUGGGGGCUUCAAACUGUUAUUUCUCUUGAUUCACUUACGUGUUCUACGUUUUCCUAUUAAAUUACAGUUUUAUUAUUUAUUUCUAAAAGACUAAAAAGUUUUGAUAGGCCGAAUAAAAUUAAUGGCCGGCGUGGAUCGAACAGCGGAAGAUUUUAGCAUUAAAUAAAGGUUAUAUUACACGUAAUCUAAGGAAAGAAACAUUGUCAUAUACCUAGCAAUGAAAAAAAGGGUUUUAAACAAAAAGACGCAAUGAAAUAUAUUAUUAGAAUAUAAUAAUUGCAGACAUUACGAGAUUUUGCAACAAAUAGUUUUCCAUUUAUUCCUUACAUGGUGUAAAACACUGUUUAGAAUCUCGUACAUUUGAACAUGAUUUCGAUGAAAAUUGUAUUAAACGUCUUACGAAUAUUUGGUUUUAUUACACAUGUAACCUGUCGUAGUAGUUCCUGAAGAAACAACAAAGAUUUGAAUUGACUCCAUUUUAAAAAUCAUGGUAAAGCUAGUAAAACACAGUAACAAAAAUGUGUUACAACUUAAAUGAAUAACAAAGGAACAAAAUACUGUAUAAUAACAAUGCAUAAGAAAACAUAUUAAAAAACACAGCAUUAUAACGCAAAGAGAAUACAUAUGGAAUUACUUGCAUAAGCGUGAAAACAUGAAGCGGCCAUUUAUUAGUAACUAUUUAUUGAAACUCUCAAAAUCACUACGUCCAAAUAUAAAGAGACUGACGAUCAUGAUUUUGAAGAAAUUCAACCGUUCUAGUAGCUGAAGAAACUGAAAUAUUUCACUAGUCUUUACCUAUUAACUCUGAAUUUCACUGCCCAUAUUUCACUCUAUAAUUCUCAUCUUUCUACUGUUUAAUUGUACAGGUUGAAAGUUUUGUUACCUUUCCUGUUUUCAACAAAUUUAAUGAUCAGUUUUGACUGCUUAUAAAUAUUAUUCUUUUUUUUUUCAUUAACGUUAUUGUCAUAAUCGGUAGUUUAAAAGUCAUGGGAAAUUAUAAACCAUCAUACUUUAGACGAACACCAAACGAAACCAAACAGGAUUAAUGAAAUGCAGUUCUCAUGAGCAACAACUUGUAGUUACGACGAUAAGCGAUAUAUUUCACACAUCUGUUAAUUUUGAAGUAUUAGGAAAGUUAUAUUAAUAUAUGAGCUAACUUACACACUUUUAUUUAGUAGCACACCUGUUUCAUAAACCCAUAUUAUACUUUCAGUGAACUUUGACUUCCGAUACACUUUUUUAAAACUUCUUCUGUCAACUGUUAUCAAUAUAUAAACCUAAUUUGAAUUUUGAAGUAACUAUACAUAGCUGUGCCACUUAAACUUAUAUAAUGGUCAGAUAUUAUAGUAGAGAUAAACAAUUAAUGAAAUUAUAAAGAAAGUUAGGAAGAUAACUUUAUUUUGUUUUAGAUUUAAAUGUCCCACAAAUGUUUAUUUUUUUAGUGCAUGAUAUUGUGUUUUUUUACUGGAAACUUAACUUAGGUCCUAAUCAUAAGUAAUUUGUCUUAAACAUAUAUCACAUAGAAAUAAUAACAGCUAUGGAUUUAAAUGUUCUCGUUCAGUUAAUUCUUUCGUCCUUUAUUUUUACCUUGCAAUGCAAAACUCGAGGGUUCGAUUCUCCGCGAUAGGCAGAACAUAGAUAUCCCAUUGUGUAACUUUGCCCUAAAACAAUUUUUUUUUAUAAUUUUUUUAGUUCUUUUGGACUUUAUACUUUUAGAGUCCAGUCUUAAACACACAGUGAUAUAUCUCACACAAUGACGGUCCUGUUCCUUAUACUUGCAAGAAUUAGGGAUAAAACUGCUUACAAAUCUACACAUAUCCUGAUAUCUGAUUUUCUUAAGGAAACUGAGAAGACAUCUGAAACAUAAGUACAUGCUUAUUUUUAAUUGAUAAGUUAAUAUUUCAUAUCUCAUGCAAAUGGAAACAAACUUUUUAUAUUUAUUUGUGUUUCAGCAUUAUUAAGGAAGGCUUAGAGAACUAAGGGGGAAGCGAAUUUUCAUUCCUUUCUUAAAUUAAGCCUACUCCUAUAUUAAAGAAUAAACAGUUUUCUUUUUAAAAUAUGAAAAUGUAUGGAGAAGGUCAGAUGAUACAGUUUUGUCGUUUAGUGUAUUUAAUCAAGACAUAAACUCGGUAAUUUAUAGUGGCUAAUAGUUGCUAUCUGUGUAUUUAACUAUCUAUAUAGAUCUUGCCAGUUUUAACUUUCACCAUUUCUGAUUGGCUUACACUUUGUAGUUUGCUAGAAUUGUAUAGGUUAAAUCACCUAUUCUCAUGUGAAUGAGUUUCCAGUAUUAUGGAACAGUGCAACUAAUAUGAGUUACUUGAACCUAUGAACGUUGUUAGACACUCAGCUACACUAACUAGGUGAGCUGUGAUUCUUCAUACCUUAGAUAUUCUGUAUGUUGAUUGAAUCUCAGGUGUGGUCUUUGUAGUAUGUGCUGAAGUUACAUAUCACUACUCAGUUGAAGAAGACUUGGUAUAUGAUAUAGAGGAACAUUUAUCGUCAAGCUUACAUUAUUAGCCAUAUUCGUAUCCAUUACAUUUAAGUUUAGUAUUAGUAUACAACUGAUAUCAUAGUUUCUCAGUUUUAACGUGUCUGAUCUGAAAGCAUAAACUAAGAUAAGAUAUUUAACUAUUACAAGUAGAGUUUCAAAUGUACGUCAAAGACAAACUCAACUUGAUUUCACAAUAAUUGAUUUAAGCGAAAAAAACAAACACGAUGAGCUUACUGAAGUUUUAUUUCAAAUAGAUCAGUUUUAUUCAUCAAGGAUAAUAGAGCUUGUAUAUUCUACUAUUGUAGCUUAGCAGUCGUUUAAACGAUUCACUGUUUUAAUAGCUAUAGUUUGUUCUUAUUUAGAAUUGACGAACAAGCUACUCUAUUACGUUUGUCAUAAGUCUUAACUUGUAUAUCGUAAGUGUAUAUCAUGUGUUUAGAGAAAGUUAUAAGAAUGAUAUGUUAAAUAAAUUCUAACAACGCAUUUCGAAUAUUGUGGAAAAGCAUUUGAUUUUUGUUGAGAAAAAUCAUACUGAAAGUUGUUUGUUGCAAAGUGAUGGAAAUAUAUAUCUACAUAUGUUAAGUUUAUGGAUAUGAUAUUGAGAAAAUAUAGUAUAGGAUGUUUCAUGGAUUUAUUGUUAUUUAUGUUGUAUUCAACUACUAUGUAUUAAAA